AUGUCUUUAUCAAAGUUAAAGCUAACCAAACGGAUAGCGACUGGAAAGCUACCACAGAGUCCUAAAAAGGUUACAGGAGCCAAGAUGGCAGAGCAAGAAGAAGAUUUCAGUUCUCUACCCCUCCCAGAUAGAUUUCAACACAAGAUAUGGAAAGUGAGAAAGGCUGCAUAUGAAGAUGCAGCAAAACAAUUCGAAAUCACGCCAGAUGAACACGACCCAGUGUUCAAGCCAUUUCUUAACGACCCCGGGCUAUGGAAGGGAGCGGUGGCAGAUUCAAACGUUGCGGCACAACAAGAUGGUAUCGCGGCAUUAUGCGCUUUCUUAAAGUUUGGUGGGCGCGAACAUUGUACCAGGACACGAAGUCAUACAUUAACUUCCUUGGUCGAGAAGGGAUUGAGUUCAACAAGAGCUGCUACCAAAGCCUCUGCGCUCGAAGCCCUAUUGUUAUAUGUCGAAUUGGAUGUAGCUGCCCCUGUCAUCGAAGAGCUUCUUCCUGCAUUGUCGCAUAAACAACCAAAAAUUGUCGCAGCAACAGUAACUGCAAUAACCGCCAUAUAUCAUGAAUAUGGAUGCAAGACAGUGGAUCCCAAGCCCGUUCUUAAAGUUUUACCAAAACCAUUCGGUCAUGCAGAUAAGAAUGUACGUGCGGAAGCUACAAAAUUGGCUAUCGAGUUUUAUAGAUGGUUACGAGAGGCCAUGAAGCCAAUGUUCUGGGGAGACCUCAAACCUACACAACAGACCGAUAUGGAAGCUCAAUUUGAAAAGAUCAAGGGGGAGCCAGCGCCAAAACAAGAACGAUUUCUCAGAUCACAACAAGCAGCAAUGUCUAGGGCACCUCCCCCAGGUGAAGGUGGUGUAGAAGAGGAGGAUGAGUUAGAGGCUGAAGGUGUCGAGAUUGAUGCAUUUGACUUAGCUGAACCACAAGAUGUAUUAUCCAAGGUCCCUGCAAAUUUCCACGAUCAGUUAGCUUCGUCAAAAUGGAAAGAGCGAAAGGAAGCGCUGGAGGCUCUAUACACCUGUGUCAAUGUUCCUAGAAUUAAAGACGCCGAUUUUGGCUUGAUAGUUCACGGUCUGGCAAAAUGCAUGAAAGACGCUAAUAUUGCAGUUGUCACUCAAGCUGCACAGUGCGUUGAAGUUUUAGCUCAAGGUUUACGAAAGGGGUUCGCCAAAUAUAGAUCCGUCAUUCAAAGCCCCAUUAUGGAGAGAUUAAAAGAGAAGAAGGCAUCUGUUUCAGAUGCUUUAGGUGCAGCACUUGAUCAGGUAUUUGCAGCAACGAGUUUGACAGAGUGUUUAGAGGAAACUAUUGAGUUCUUGAAACACAAGAAUCCUCAAGUUAAAGAAGGAACCGUUAAGUUUUUAAUUAGAUCGCUCAGGACAACUCGAGAAGCUCCCUCCAAAGCUGAAGUAACUCAGAUUUCAGAAGCUGCAAAGAAGUUGCUCGCGGAAUCGAGUGAAGUGCUGAGAUCUAGUGGAGCUGAAGUAUUGGGUACGAUAAUGAAGAUUAUGGGCGAGCGUGCAAUGGGACCACACCUUGAAGGACUGGAUGAAAUUCGGAAAACUAAAAUCAAGGAAUUCUUUGACAUUGCAGAAGUCAAGGCAAAGGAUAAGCCUAAGCCUCCUCCCGCCCCUGCAGCUCCUAAAGCUGCCCCAGCAGCAGGCCCUAAGAAAAUGGUAAAGAAGACAGUCGCAAAGAAACCGCCUCCGCCACCAAGUGCUUAUGCCCAACAAGCUCCAUUAGAGGCCCAGCCUACAGCAAGAAGUGCCGCUGGAUUAAAGAAGCCAGGUGGUCUUGGACUGAAACCACCAGGGAAAAAAGUGGUACCACCAGCACUUGCUUCACCUAAACGUAACGCCCCAUCGCCAGUUCCGAUUGAAGAAGAAGCUCCACCUCCACCUCGUGUAGGUUUAGGUCGUGGACCAGCUGGUCGAUCAUUGGCAAAAACACCAUCCGCUAAUGCAGCUCCUCCCAUGUCCUCAAUGUCACCUCCACCGAAUGCCGGUCUGACUGCUUUGGAGAAAGCUGAGCUGGAAGAACUGCGAUUGGACAAAGAUCGAUUAUUACGCCAAGCUGACGAAAUGCGCCAAGAACGCUCGAGACUAUAUUCAGAGAUUCAAGAAUUAAAGAAUCAAAAUGCACAGCUAAUAGAGGAUCAUACACGAGACGUUCUGUCAAUCAAAGCAAAGGAAACCCAACUUGUUCGUUCGAGAGCAGAUGCCGAAACGGCGGAAGCAAUGUGUGCACAAUUAAGGAGGGAGCAAAAUAGGUUAAAGCAUGCUUUAUCAGCCGCCGAAAGAGCCAGUAACCACAGCCCAUCGAGAGGAUUAUCGAGCCCCGGACGUGACGGAGCACAUGAUGAAGUUAGCAACCACCGCGAAUCUAUGUAUGGCGCUCCUUCAGACAAUGGACGCCCAGACUAUAGAAGUCGCCCUCGUAUGUCUAUCACAUCUUCAAUUGGAGAAGAUAAUUCAAACGGGGCUGGUCUUUAUGGUCGAAACAUGUUAAGUCCUGAUUUGGAACCUACAAGUAAUGGAAGAUCAAGUGCUGCUAGUGGUAGUGGCAGGGCUAGCCCAGCACCACUAUCUUACACAAGCGAUCGCAUGUCUAGAACUGGUAGUAUUCCUAGUGGCAAUGGAACAGGUGUAGAAAGCUGGAAGAGGGCUGCCGAGGUCACAAGUGCUUUGAAGGCAAAAAUAGAGCUUAUGAAGGCACGACAAAACAUAUCCAAACACUAAGCAUAUGAAAAUCAAAUAUUUAAUGGACCCAGGAUAGAAUAGGCAUUGAGAGCAUCGGGUAGAUGGCGAAACGGAAGGGAAAGGAUAGGAAAGGAAAGGUUUAUUUGGCACCGAUCAAACGGUGUUGCGGUCGUGCUUGGUAUUUUUUUCCCUUGUGGUUUGAGGUAGCAUCUUCUGUCUUGGUGCAUAUAAGGGGUUUUAUUCGUCGUCGUAGACGAGGGCGAGGCGAAUGCAAAUGAAUGUGAGGCGAAAUGAGACGAUGAUUAUGCUCACAUGCCGUGUUCGAUAUGCGUAUGUGGUCGUGGCUGGCGUUGAUUGUACUAUAUUGUACUUUAUUGUACGAGCGCAACACAUUUGUUUGAGGGGAAAGGAUGUCAUGUGCGUAGGGAUAUACACAUGUUUACGAAGUAUAGGUUAGGGAUGGAUGCCCGCUUGCUUGAUGCGUAAUCGCGUAGCUGCGUAGGGGUAUUGUAUUUCUCUUUCUUUAAUGAUACCAUGGAAAUGAAAAUCUACGCUUAUCGUUACGAGUAUUUGAAAUCAGUCCAUCGUGCCGUUUAUGUACCUAUAUGUUUAUGUUGAUAUUUGGGAUGCGGAGAAGGGAGAGGGAGAAGGACCCCUGAAAUUAAUGGUGGUGGUGAGUAGGGGGUGAGCUGUUGUGCGACGGUAAUGGAUUACACGGCAUGUGGAUGACGAUGUCAGGUUUAUGGAGAGGUAUGGAUGAUGCUUUUUGUGUUUCAAGGGUCUGCUUUGGUGAUACAUUGCUUUUUCAAUGUUUUUCUUUAUGUGCGCAUGUGCUUGUAUGGGAGGUUGGAGAUGGUAGUGAGAUGUACGUUUUAUGUAAGAUGCUUGAUUUGGGUACGGAUUGAAGUUU